CUUUUGGGGCACUUUAAAUUUCCCCUGCGCCCACAUCCAGUACUGUAUAUAUGCUACAUCUUCGGUACAUCAUGUGCAUCAAGUAUUUAAAAACGAUUAAAAUGGCUUCUUACUCUGUAGCACAUGCAGCCCCAGCCCAUUUCAUACUUUCGAUUUUUCUCGUAGCUAUUAACGCGUCACUGUUCUAAAUGACAAUGCAUGACAUCAGAGUUGAUACAAUGCUGUCACAAUGGUGACACAGAGGCCUGCCAUGCAGCCUUCAGAAGGUCACUGCCAUAUGAUAGAGUGCGACCGCACUGUUCAGGAUGCUAAAAAUGAUGGCCAUUGAGAUACCGGUUCCCCUGGGAGCUGUGACACUUGUAUCAGCUAUUCAAACAGCUUAUAUAGCCUACCUGCUACGGAAAAAAUGGGCGGCAAACACAGUCAUGACCCGUCCACUGAAGGCAAAGUUGGAGAGGACAUUAAGUGCCCAUAAGAAGUGUAUUGCCUUCUACCCAAUCUUCCUUGUGAUUCUGUGGACCUCUGGGCUUUUCUUCAAUGAAGAACUGGCAGCUGUCUUGGGGUGUGUGUAUGUCUUAGCACGGCAAAUGUACUCGUGUGGACAAUCCAACACUGCUAAAAUAUGGCAUUUCCUGGGCUUUUACACUGUGGUGGCUGCUAUUCUUCUUCUAAGUCUUACUGGGACCCUUGGCCUUCUCCGUGUUAUCCUGGACCCAAACAUUGACAUCAACCACCUCCUCGGUCGUCUGUAUGGCGAACCUACAACUUAUUAUAAUUUCUUCUAGCUUGCUGAGUAGGCGAAUUGAACAGUCCUGGAUAAGGCUGCACAUGUUGUAGUAUUUGUGGGAAGGGUGCAUUAAACUGAGCCUAGCGUGGCACUUACCAAUAUCUGAGUUCAGUGUUUUCUCUUUGAAUACGUUUAAAUUAUCUAUGCACGUGAGUUGGCCUAUUGGCUACAAAGAUAUGUCAAUUCGAUGUUGACGAUGGCAGGUGAACGUGCCCACCACCCACCUCAUGACUACGAACAAUCGCCAAUGUUUACAGAUAACCUAGGCUAGGUCCCCCUCUAUCGGUCAAAUGGAAAUAUUUGAUUUCACUCUAGGAUGUAGAAUGAGCUGAUCCAUCAGGGACGUACCGUUAGCCUGUAGAAACUAGGCUAGCAGUUACAGCUAUCAUUUCUUUUACAAGCAAGCACGCAUUUUCGUAUAUUUGGGGUAAGUAAUAUUGCUGGAGAUUAUGUAUUGUUAGAGGCAAACAUGUCACUGUGUUUCUAUCCACAUGUGAAGAGUUUCGGGGAGUGCACUUGCAGUAAAGGCCUUCUAAUGUGUUACCAGUGUUGAUAUUUUGCCAGCAAGCUAGCGAUAAGUGGCUGAAAAUAAACCUUUACGCUAGCCAGCUAGCUAGACAGCAAGAGAGCUAGGCACUGUUUGAUUCGUGACAUCAAUACAGCAUUAACCUAGUUGUUAAAAUAUUCGAUCGCCGUUAAAUUGGAAACGAUGAAUAUAAAAUGUACUCUGUGUCUGUAUCACACCUAUCGUUAGUAGCUAACCCUACGUAACGUUAGCCGACUUGCCUUUUAGUCAACAUUAGCUAGCGACCUGAGGUCUGUGAGAAAUUAAUGUUAGAGAGUAAACCAUGCAAUUCAAAUCUAGUUAAUGUUUUGAAUUAAUGCUUGCCAACGCCAGUUUGUAAAGUUAGUCAACCAACAUGCAAGCUAAACUGGUAUGCACAUAGAGCAAUAAGUGACAUAAGGUUAGCACCAGCUGUCUCUUUAUAUUAAAUCGAAUUAGUCACUCAAUCAUCAUGGUUGUCUUGUCUGGCUUGAAUAAAGUGAACCAAGUUCCUUGCAGGCAGGUUAGCCAGAGUGUUUUCAAAACAGAGUACUUAAAUGGUAUGUCUUAAGGCGUAAUCAAAUCAACCCAUGUGUUUUACCCCCACUUACCUGCAACUUACGCCCUGACGUUAUAAGUGCCCACUGAGUCGCAGCCCUGCAUUC